AUGGCUGAAUGUCGCCGCUCUGUUCUCUCGUGCGCCAGAUGUCGCCGCCGCAAAAUCAAAUGUGAUCGAGCCAUUCCCUGUGGUCAAUGCAUCACCGCCAAAUCGGAUUGUACGGGCUACAGUUCAAAGGAUCACGAUCCCAACAUCCCGCGUAGCAUCGUACAACAUCUGGAAUCCGAAAUUGCAAAGGUCGAAGGCGACCUCGCUCGCAAUGGCCAUCUGGAAGAACUCAAUGCCUCGGACAUCUUGGCUGGCAUGCCCACUAACGAGGGUGUUCCCCUCGACGAGACCACCACGGCUCUGCCAAUAAUCGAUAUGCCUCCAAUGGAUCAAGUCAGCCCCAAACUCACACUAUCCCUUGAUGUAUCACCACCAGUACUUGAGAGGGAUACUUCUCGAGAUGAGAUUAUGUCUUGCGGCGAAAUACAGGCAAUGAUUUUUGCCAUUUUGCCAACAGGACCCGGUAUCACCGACCUUAUUGCCCGAGUCCGCAUGAGUUUGACACCGUCUACCGCAAUUGCUUCUGGCUCGCCGCGAGAGACGAGGAGGAAAUCCAUCUCUCGAGCCAGUAAUGAAGUCAGCUGCACAAUGUUGAAAUCUAUUCCUGGCGCCAUUCUAAGGUCUCUCGUCAAGAAAUACAUGACGCGGGUAUACCCUAUCUUUCCAAUCCUAUAUUCUCCAGCAUUGUGGAAACAACUCGACAAUGUGAUCAAAACGUUGCAAGACCUACCCGACCGUCAUCGAGCAGUAGCGCCGUCUUUCGACUUUCUGAUCAUCUAUCUCAUGCUUUCCAUCUCAGCCACUUUAGGGUCCGCCAAGACUGGUCAUGAAGCGAAGCAUAUGGUGUUCUCGGGUAGUCUGUUCGAAGAAGGCAUUCAGCACUUGUCCGAAAAGGCAAAAAUACCAUCUGAUCUAGCGGGGAUCCAAGUAACCUUAUUGGUUCUACAAUAUGCCUCCAUCAAUCCUCGACUCGCGAACGUAUGGAUGCUUACAGGGGCGGCAAUGCGUGCAUGCUUGGAGCUGGGUCUGCACCGUGAGGCGCCAGAAGGUCUUAAUUUCGACCCACUGACAUUGGAUCUCCGGCGUCGACUGUUCUGGUGUGCCUACAACUUUGACCGUGCAAUAUGUUCAGCCUUGCAACGGCCUCUCAGUAUACCAGACCAAACCAUAGAUGCACAUUUUCCAUCCGUUCUAGACGACCGCCACAUCACCGCACAGGGCAUUGACGCCACGGGCAUCGAGACCAAGACACACAAUUUACGUUGGAUUCAUUUCCGCCGCUUGCAGUCUGCGAUGACAGAAGUCCACUUCCAGGGCAAACCACUCGAAGAAGGCCAAACCUGGGAAGACUGGCUCGUUUUCAUGGAGCGGCGCCUCCAAGCGUGGUACGAAGACUACAACGACGGGCAUGAAUUGACCGAGUUCACUCUCGCGCAUGGCCUGACCAACUUGCACCGUCCAUCACCACGAGUUCCGAUGCCAGCACAGCGCAGUCUCAUGGUGGCGUUUGAGGCAGCCUGCAGCUCUGCCAAGUCCCUGCGUGACCAUAUCCUGAAUGGCUUCUAUCGACGGUCGUGGCUGAUUGCGCACCACGUGCUGGAAAACAGUAUGGUGGUCCUGUUCUGCCUCCGCCACGGCUUUGACACGAUCAGUUCGCGAUUCAACGCACAGCAGAUCUUUGAAAUGACCAAGGUCUUCACGGCAAACUUUCUCUCCCUGGCUGCGCAGGGCUGGAAUGAAGUCUCCAAUUACGCUGGUGUGUACGAACGUCUCCUCGGCCCAUUACUCGAGUCGGUAUUCAGCAACCGACCACCGAGUCUCUCCUCCUUCGGCCCCGCGCAGGACGCAGAGCUCACAAGAAUGCUGUAUCCGGGCCCCGCACAGUUGGACCAGCUGCGCUUUGGCGCGAGGAGUGGCUUUGACGCCGGCAGCAUCAACAUGUUCGACGUGGGCUCGCUGAACUGGGAUGACUUCAGCGUGAGUGACGGCCGCAGCGGCAGUGCAGAUGGGUUUGUCGCCGGUUGGGAUCUGUUCGACCCUGCCGGCGGUGCCGGAGGUGCGAAUGGCGUCGGUGCUCAGGACUUGGUGUUCGGCAUGGCUUGA